AUGCCAGAAAACACGGUAUCAGUACAUUCACAGUCAUCAUGGGGAUGGCAGUCGAAAUUUAGCGCUUUACCCGAUCGCAUUGCCUUCCUUCUGGAGCGCAGCAUCCUCAGCGAUGUGGAAUUCAUACUGGGCACGACGGCGGAUGCGCUAACGGUUCCAGCACAUAAGUUUAUUCUAGCAUCAGCCAGCAAGCGUUUUGAGCGGUUAUUCUACAGUCCCUCACCGGACUUCUCCGACAGUAAACCGAUUACGAUUACCCAUGUUACCCCGUCAGCUUUUCGCAGUGUACUACGGUACAUUUACACCGAUAAGACGGCUCAGAUGGUACCAAACGAUGUGAUGGAUACCCUGUAUGCCGCGAGGUAUUAUGAACUGCCGGUGCUCAUAGCACUGUGCGAACAGAAUGCGAUGAGUUUGUGCCGCGCGAACAAUGUACUUACCAUUCUCAAUAAAGCUGUUCAAUAUGGAGAAGACAAUAUCGUGGAGUGGUGCUUCCCAAUCAUCGACCAGCACUUUCCGGUUUUGACCGCAGACGCUGAUUGGCUGCAGAUUAGCCUGGACACACUUAGACGCAUUUUAUCCAGUGACGGAUUACAAGUCAAAGAACUAAAUGUCUAUAAUGCAAUGGAAAGAUGGGCGUGCCAUGCCUGUGAACGUAAUGGUAUAACAGCGUCUGUCGCUAACAAAAGAGAGAUGCUACAGACCGUCUUCUUUCUCAUCCGUUUUCCCUUGAUGACUACUGAAGAGUUAAUUUCCUGUUCGGCUAAAACUAAGGUCAACAUUAUUUAA